AUGGAUGCGCCAUCUGUAUAUUCGACGCAUGUAUACGAGCCGAGCUCCGCGGAAACGGGCGACACGAGACUGCAGAUCCAAGCACAGCUCGAAACCUUCACUCUUGACUUCCGUCUGGACAGCAAAUUCGUCUAUCGUGAACAACUUCGCGAAAAUGCUCUUGUACAAAAAUACUACUGCGAUGUAAACAUCAACCACUUGAUCAGCUUCAACGAGGAGCUUGCACACAAGAUUGUCUCCGAGCCAGCAGAAAUCAUUCCUCUGUUUGAAAAUGCUUUGAAAAAAUGCACUCACAGAAUUCUCUUCCCCCACGAUCGCCAAGUCAAACUUCCGCAGCACCAGCUGCUGCUUCACUCCGACGGCGAGGAUGUUUCCAUUCGUGACCUUGACUCUGUGAAUAUUGCCCGGCUAGUCCGAGUUCCUGGUAUUGUCAUUGGCGCCUCCGUCAUGUCGUCAAAGGCCACAGAGCUACAUCUGCAGUGCCGAAACUGCCACGACUCACAAUCUAUUCCUAUCCUCGGCGGUUUUUCAGGCGUUUCCCUUCCCCGCCAGUGCGCUCGCAAGAGAAUUCCGAACGACCAAAGCCCCAAGUGUCCUCUCGACCCAUACUUUGUCAUGCAUGAAAAAUCGAUUUUCAUUGACCAGCAGGUCAUCAAACUGCAGGAGGCACCAGAUCAGGUCCCCGUUGGUGAACUCCCUCGACAUGUGCUCAUCUCGGCCGACCGAUACCUCACAAACCGAGUCAUCCCUGGCUCUCGUUGCACAGUCACGGGCAUUUUCUCCAUUUACCAGAACAAGGGCUCCAAGUCCGCUACGAGUGGUGCUGUUGCCAUUCGCACACCAUACCUACGCGCCGUCGGUAUUCAGACCAGCUCUGACCAACUUAAGGGCUACACCAGCUAUACAGAAGAGGAAGAGCAAGAGUUUUUGGAAAUGAGUCGUCGACCAGAUCUAUACAACGUGAUGGCAGAGUGCAUUGCCCCGUCCAUCUAUGGUAACAACGAUAUCAAGAAAGCCAUUCUUUGCCUUCUGAUGGGAGGCUCCAAGAAACUGUUGCCUGACGGAGCUAAACUAAGAGGCGAUAUCAAUGUGCUUCUUCUUGGUGACCCCGGAACGGCUAAGUCCCAGCUGCUCAAGUUUGUCAGCAAGGUCGCUCCUAUUUCUAUAUACACAUCUGGCAAGGGCUCGUCCGCCGCCGGUUUAACGGCAUCCGUCCAGCGAGACCAAUCAACACGCGAAUUUUACCUCGAGGGCGGAGCCAUGGUGCUUGCUGACGGCGGUGUCGUCUGCAUUGACGAGUUUGACAAGAUGCGCGACGAGGAUCGCGUGGCCAUCCAUGAAGCCAUGGAGCAGCAGACGAUUUCUAUUGCGAAAGCCGGUAUUACGACCAUUUUGAACGCAAGAACUUCAGUAUUAGCAGCGGCAAACCCCAUCUUUGGUCGCUACGACGAUAUGAAGUCUCCCGGAGAAAACAUCGACUUCCAAACCACUAUUCUUUCUCGUUUCGACAUGAUCUUCAUUGUCAAGGACGAUCAUAGCAAAGAAAAGGAUAUCAAUAUUGCCAAGCACGUCAUGGGUAUUCACAUGCAAAACCGCGCCGUUGAAGAAAUGGUCGAGUCAGAGAUUCCAGUGGACAAGAUGAGGAGAUACGUUUCCUACUGCAGAAACCGCUGCGCUCCCCGUCUGAGCCCGGAAGCCGCCGAGAAGCUGUCGUCACACUUUGUCUCCAUCCGCCGGCAGGUCCACGCCGCUGAGAUCGAGGCCAACACGCGCUCUUCCAUCCCCAUCACCGUGCGCCAGCUCGAGGCCAUUGUUCGCAUCACCGAGUCGCUGGCCAAGCUGACGCUGUCGCCCGUCGCCACCGAGGCGCACGUCGACGAGGCCAUCCGCCUCUUCCUCUGCUCCACCAUGAACGCCGUCAACCAGGGCAGCAACCAGGGUAGCCGCGAGCUCAACGACGAGGUCAACAGCGUCGAGGCCGAGCUGAAGCGCCGCCUGCCCAUCGGCUGGAGCACCAGCCUGGUCGCGCUGCGCCGCGAGAUGGUCGAGGGCAAGGGCUAUAGUGAGCAGGCGCUGAACAGGGCCCUGAUGUACAUGGAGAGGAGGGACACAAUUGUCUUUAGGAAUCAGGGUGCCCAGAUCCAUCGCAACGGUGCGUAG